UUAUCGAAAAUCUACUCUCUAUGUUAUCAAAAACAAAAAAAAAAAAUAAGUCUCAAUAAAUUUAUUACUUACUCACUUAUUCAUCAAUUUGUUUUCUGGAAUAUCAAUCAAAACUUAUUUGUUCGUAUGCCCAUGCGAAAUGCAAAGUGGUGAAUCGUUCCGUGAAAACCUGAACAGAGCUCUCCAAGCUUUUGCAUUGCACAUUGAAAGAAUAAGCCAGUCAUCGACGUUGUUACUCAAGGACUUUUUUGAGAAAACCGACUCCAUAUUUACUCCCCUGCAAAGGACCCUUUUAAAUGUUCUGCUAGUUUUGCUAUUCUGCACCAUAAUAAUAAUAGGAUAUAGUUGGAAAAUUUACGGGAAAGUAAUUAACGAGAAAUUUGUACGUCCAAGCACGCUCAAAGAAAUAGAAGAACUGAAAUUAUCUGUGGAUAAAUUGAAGCUUCCUAAGGAACAUUCACCAAGAAUUUAAAAAUGUCUAAGAUCAAACAAUUCUUCAAGAAAAAAAAGGAUGAAGCAGCUUUCAAGUUCAAAC